AAUUGUUCAAUACAACUUUAAUAUAACAAAUUAACUAUCAAUACUAAACAAUGUCUAGAUCAGGUGUUUCCGUUUCUGAUGAUGCUUUAUCAACCUUCAAUGAAUUGAAGUUAGGAAAGAAGUUCAAGUUCAUUAUUUUCUCCUUGAACGAUAACAAAACUGAAAUUGUUGUUGAAUCUACUUCUACUGAUACCGACUAUGAUGCAUUCUUGGAAAAGUUACCAGAAAAUGAAUGUAAAUACGCCAUCUACGAUUUCGAAUACGAAAUUGGUGGUGGUGAAGGUAAGAGAUCCAAGAUUGUUUUCUUCACUUGGUCUCCAGAUACUGCUCCAGUUAGAUCCAAGAUGGUUUACGCUUCUUCUAAGGACGCUUUGAGAAGAGCAUUAAACGGUGUUGCCGCUGAUGUUCAAGGUACCGACUUCUCCGAAGUUGCCUACGAAUCAGUUUUGGAAAAAGUUAGUAGAUCCACCCACUAGAUAAAGUGUUGAUCUCUACACAGUGCCUUGUUUUUUUUUUUUAUUAUUACAAAUUUGUAGCUAUCAAGAAAAUUAAAUAUACAGUUUUUGUUUUAUAUUGAGCCGAUAUUAGCUAUUUGU